CUUUUCCUUUUUCUUCAGAUCUCUGUCUCCUCUUUCCUUUCCUCCAUUUCUGCACACAUUUUCUGCGUUUUCUUCUCCGCGAUUUCAGUGGCUAACUGUGGUUGUAGGAUAAACUUUAAAUCCUGAAUCCUCAUCUGAUUGAUUCGGAGAGAAAAAAAUGUGUGAGGGAGCUGUCCCAAAACUCGGCACCACCAUACACAUCUCAGCGCUCGAUGGGAUCAUCAAUGUCAACUCCCUUUUCACGCUAGCCGUGUUCAUCGGGCUAGCUUGGAAUCCGCAUGAUCAAGGCAACAGUCUCUCCCAAGACCCGAGCUGUUUCGCGGAGCCCAAGGUCGCGGAGGACCUUGUAGCAUUCCACGUUUACUCAUUUAGUUGUUUCCUUUUUUCUAGCCUCAUUGCGUUGUGCCUUAAGCAGGCAAUUCGACUGGCUAAGUCAGCUCACUUCUCCACUGUCUUAAAUCUUGACUUAGCCCUAAUCAACAAAAACGCUCUACGGGUCGGGUACUUGGUCUCGGCUGCGGGUUCAGUUGUCGGGUCGGUGUUUUUGAUGCUUGGUCUGAUCAAUGUGGUUCAAAUCAAGCUUGGAACUUUGGGAUGUGGGAGUAUGCAUACUUAUGGAGCUGUUAUUCCACUUGUAAUUUUUGUUACAUUAGGGCUCCUUAUUUAUGUUUGUACUGUUUUUUAUGCUUUCACUCGUUAAUUUAAUCAAUGUAUACUUAUUAACAACUUAAUAUAUCAAGAAAACAUUAAGUAUA